UUUUAUAAAGUUAACAUUCGACUUGGGCAGGAAAUAUACGUUGUUAUGAAUAACACAAGACUCGAUUAACAUUUUGAAUCGAAUUUCAUCUGUGUGUGCACCAUGCCUAUGGUUGGAUUCAGCCUGGCUCUAUCAGCGGGCAUCUGUGCAGCGCUGGCCUCUACAUGUGCCAAACUCGCUAUGCAUUCAGGAGCUGUAGCUGAACUCUGUUAUAUUGUCAAGAGAAAACAUGACACUCUGCAACUUGUCAUUCCAGACUGUGAUUCAAUUGCUCUGAGUAUGAGAAUUAUUUCCUUCUGUAUGGUGUUUAUUUUCAAUGCAGUGAUGUGGACAUUGUUUGUUAAAUCAUUGAGAAAAUGCACAUCAUCCCUAGAAGCUACAGUCAUUAAUACUGCCUCAAACUUUUUCUUUUCAGCUUUUCUUGGUAUGGUGUUAUUUGGAGAGACACUAUCUCUUGUUUGGUGGUUUGGUGCAUCUCUGAUUGUUAUUGGAUUGUUAUUUAUACACAAGGGGACUGCAGAGGAUGAGGAUUUAAAUAAAAAGUCAUUGUAAUAAGU